CGUUUUGAUUUGCUGCCUACAUCUAUCUACUUUUAAGUCUUGUGUUCACUACACUGUCUUGUGCCGCCACCUCCGAAAAGAACUAGAGCUGUGUAGAGCUGAGCAUGUCUCCGAAGAUAUGUUGCCAUUAACUGGAAAAUCAAAUUAUUCCCAUACCAAUUAUGUCGCGUGUGUUGUGCCCAGCGGACACUGAUUUGGAAAUAAAUAAAUACACAGUAACAGCAGCAGCAACAACAACAACAAUGUUUCUUUUCCAGUUUAUUUUGAUGAGUCUUAUUUCUAUUUCAACAUCUCAUCCGUUGGGAAGAAUGAGCAAAUGCUAAAAGCUGAGCUCAGAGUUUUCAAACUGAAGAAAACGCACAUGGCUGGAAAAUCUCUGUUUCAACAUUUUUGCAAAGUGGAAGUAUAUGAGAUCUUGGAGAGUGGAAGUAAGCCCCAGAGAAGAAAUCUCAUUUCAUCAAGAUUAUUGUCUUUGUACACAGAAGGCUGGGAGGUGUUCAAUGUCACAGAGACAGUUUCCAAAUGGGUUAGGAACAGCCACUCCAACCAUGGCUUUUUGAUCACUGCAACUCGCCUAUCUGAAAAGAAAAUGGAAUACAGCUUCGUGAAGUUUGCCAAAAGCCAGCACAAUGUGCAGGACAGCAGGAAUGCUCUUCUAGUCCUCUUCACUAAUAAUGAUGGACCAAGGUCUUCCAGCUUUUCACCCUCUUCCUCAGAACUGCAGCCAUCCUCGCCUGUAGGUGGUUCUCCUACCCAGACACCUCUCCGAAGUGAGAUCUUGGAAAAUCUCAGAACAAGUAGGAGCAGAAGGACACGGGAUACAUCAUCCCUCUCCUCCAAAGGUCAAGUUCUGUCAUGCCGUCGAAGAGAACUCUAUGUUGACUUCCAGGCAAUUGGCUGGUCAGGAUGGAUCAUUUACCCAAGUGGAUACAAUGCUUUUUAUUGCACAGGUACCUGCCUAUUCCCCUUAGGGGAGAGUCUAAAUGCUACCAAUCAUGCUACUGUCCAGUCCAUUGUGCAUACACUUAAAUUGUCCCAAGAUGUCAGCAUGCCAUGCUGUGUCCCAACUGAACUGAAGUCCAUCAAUCUCCUGUACUUUGAUGACAAGGAGAAUGUUGUCCUGAAACGUUAUAAAGAUAUGGUGGCUGCAAGCUGUGGUUGUCACUAAGAAGAGCCUUUACUUUUGCGUGGAAUUGAUCUGCAUGUGGACUCAGUUCAACGUUAACAGGCAAGGGUGUAGCCAGGCAGCCUACAGCUACUCUUGCUCCCACCCACAGGGUUUCAGCAAAGAAGUAAGUGCUCUUCAGACUAGCUGACUUUCAAAGUGCCCUGGGCAGGGCCAUCACUACCUGGGGGGCGAAUCAGGGUGACUGCCCCAGGCCCCACGCUUUGCAGGGCUCCGUGGAGCUGGGUGGAGCAGCCUCAGUGACUCUGCUCUGCUGGCUUCACAUCCAGCCUCUUGCUCGUAACCCCCUCCUUCCCCCACCCCCACUCCACCAACCGUGCCACUGCUGGUGGCAGCAGCAGCUUCUUUGAGUCUGGGGCACGUGGGGUCAGAGUGGGGCAGGGGCAGGGCCCUGCAUGGGCUGAUUUUCCCCAGCCCCCAAACCCUGCUCGGGUUGGCUCUGGCCCUGGGCUCCCCAUGGUGUCCAUUGACAACGCAGGGAAAGCAUAAGGAGUGUUUCUGUGCAUAUCAACCAGAGGGAUACAGCAAAACCUGAAGGGGAGGAUCUGUGUUGAAUAUAGGUUUUAUGCAAAUGAAAUAAUAAAUAUUAAUUCAGUAUGCUAAUCAAGGCACUGAUCAACUUAUAUGCACUCCAGAUUUCUGGACCAUCAGCACAUCCCACCUCAACAGCAAGGGGCAGGGCCCUCCACUGGCAAAACUACUGUUGCGUCCUAAACUCCAUAACUCAUCAGGCAUAUAAAGAAAUGUCUGUGGAUAUGGCGUUUCCUUUGUGUGGCCCAUAGACUCUUCCCCUCCCUCAUUUGGCCUCUCUGUGAUAACAACUGUCCUCAUGCUCCAGACUGCACUUUUCCCCAGCACACUAGCUGCAGUCCCCCCACCCCAGAUUCAGAGAUCUGCUCGUGACUUUCCUCCUGGCACUGACCUAGCUGGUGAUUUUAUAAGUCCAGGAAGUAGUCCUGGUCUAGGCAAAACUCUGAGGUACCAGACUGUGUAUCAGGAGACAUGGCUGUACCUUUUGACUGGGCAGGUUACUUCCUCUCUUUCUGCCCCUGUUCUCUUGCCUGUUUAGUUUUAAGCAUAUGGAGGCACAAAUUAUUUCUCCACGUGUAUUUGCAGUGUGCCUGGUACAGUGGUGUCCUGAUUGGGGACUGGGGGACCAGGAAUAUUAUAAUAAAAAGAAAUGAAAAAGAUGAGACUUUCCAAGUAUGGGGGACCAUUGUCUAUACACUGUUCUGCUCCUAUAUAGAAGCAGAGUUUUGCUGUGUAAUGUCCACUGUCUCUCUUUCAGUCUUUAUUGGAACUUUGGACUAAACAGGACUGCAGGCGCAAUGUUGUUUAAACCUGUUCAUAAAUUUAACUUAGUUUCAUAUUAAAACCACUUAUAUUUCUUGCCACCACUUCUCUGAUUAGAAGGCUGUUCCAGAACCUCACUCCUCUGGUGGCUAGAAACCAAGUCACUAUUUUCUGGAGGCUGUUCUUCUCCAGUAAGUUGCAAAUAAUGUAAAUGAUGUAGAUAAAUAUAUUUGUUUCUGUAAAUAUUCCCUUGUGUAAUUAAAAUUGCCAGAUGUUUCUAUUUUAUUAUAAAAAUGAACAUUUUGGAAUAUUUUAACUUAA